ACAAUCUAGCCGAGAAGCAACCCAGGUGUGGCUGCCGCCUGGAAACUCACCCUUUUCACCGUAUUUCACGCCCUUGCACACGUUGGGGAAGCACACGCUAAGCUUUAAUAAGGGACAAGAAAAGCAGUGCCCCUUGUCUAGUGUACCCAGUGGCCGGAGCAGGGCAGUAGGCAGCAGGGCAAGGGUGCCUGGCGAGAAUCAAGUCGUCAUAGAGCGUAAACAUGUAACAGUCAAGGGGAAGGACACACACACCCUCAGCCUCCCACAACGAGUAAACAAUGGCAAGUGUCAAGAUUCCUGAGCAGAAAAUAAUCUUAUGUGGAGAAUAUGGUGUAGGGAAAAGCUCACUAUUUCGACGAUAUGCCACCAACACCUUUGUGACGGCAACUGACAGGAAGUCAACCCUUGGCCUGGACCACUAUGAGAAGGUGUAUCGCACGGGAGAUAAGGAAGUCAAGCUCCAGCUCUGGGACACGGGUGGCAUGGAGCGGGUGGCCAGCAUAACCUCCUCCUACUAUAAGUUUGCUGAGGCAGCUAUUCUGGUCUUUGCCCUAGACAACCCCGACUCUUUCAAUAUCCUUUCCCAACACUUGCUGGACAUUGUGACUUACGCUGAGAACGCAAAGAUAUUCCUCUGUGGCAACAAGUAUGAUCUCAAGAGUCAAAUACAGGUGACUGAUGCUGACAUGGAGAAUUUCUGUGAACAGUGUCACAACCUUAUUUCUGGAAUCUACAAGACUUCGUGCAAGACUGGUGUGGGUGUGGAGGAAAUGUUUGCUGACAUCGCGAGGCAACUCAGUGACUCCAAUAGGUCUCGCAAGGAAUUGGAAUCCAUGAAUAAGGAUUCCUUCAAGGUGACUCCUCCUGAAGGUGAACCAGAGGACUCCUGUCUGUGCUGAGGAGCAGAAAGUGAUAAGGACAACACCAUUAUCAAAUAUUUUGCUAAGUUGCUGCACCCACCACUGCUGCUGCUGCUGCUGCCACUGUUCAGUAGGUGCCACCCUUGUGUUGUGGCUUGCUGUUUCACGAGGUACUGUGGGUGUAGACAAUUGUGAUGAAACAUUUUUUUUUAUGUGAUUUAAGCCUAUACUUAAAAAGUAGCCACAUUAAUCUUUGCAGUUAACAUUUUUAGUCAUAUAUUACAAAAAUUAGCUUUUGAUAAUGGCAGUGAUUGAUAUUUGCCAUGUGCAGAAUGUAAUUUGUUAUGGAUUGCUGUUUUAUAUAGUGGUUUAAGAAAUGUUUACAAAAGAUACAUAAAAUAUGUAUUCAGAUUUUGUAUACAUGAGUUUUUGUGAACUUUUCAGAAUACAUACAGUGCUAGUCUUCUGUAGUCUGAAUAGGUAUUGAAUGUUUUAUUUAUCUUUUCCUAUAAUUUGCAUGUUCUGAUAACCUAAUUAUAAUCAAUAUUCAGAUUGCAUUUUGAGUUUAUUAUGAAUGAUAGGGUGAGAGGAAUGCAAAUUUAUGCCUUCAUAACCAGCUCAUAUUUAUACUGAGGGGAGCAGCACCUAGCUUUGGGAAAUCAAGGUCUGUUAGGUCAUGAUAAGUAACCCAUCUGACUUUUAUUAAUAGCAUGUCAAAGUAGUUUCACUGAAGUAGGUGCUGCUGCGAUACAUUUGUAGUAGUGUGGCAGAGAGUGUUGGUGUGACAGUCACUGGUCACAAUGAUUGGUACAGAUGAUGUGAGGUAACUGGGCUGAGUGUGUUGUGUGUGCCAAGCAGCUAACUUACCUACAACAUUCUGGUCAUGUUAACGGCCUUCACUCAUGCUACUUCAUUGUGUUUUCCAAUGAGGUAUAGUUAGCUACAGCCAUUAGAAAAUUUAUUAUGAUGCUAUUUAUGCAGCAGAUAGUUAUAGUGUAAAUAAUGAAAAAGGUAAACAAGGUAGAGCCACAAAGAGCACAGCCCCAGGUUACUUUUUUUGCUCAUUUAUAACACACAAGUAAAUAUGUAUCGUACACUUAAGGGUGCAGUACGUGCCUGAUGUACUUACUUGCAUUCAUCCAGUCAAAGCUCAUACGGAGUAACAAAUAAUUUCACGGACCUCCCAUCUCCUUCACUUCCUGCUUUAGUGAAGAAUCACAUGUCAUGCCUCACUCCUCCCUCCUGUCUCACUCAGCAGCACAGGCAGGAAAGGGUUAGAGGCUCAAUGGAAGGAAAGAAUGGCUAAUUUUAUUCUAGUUUAUCUUGCUGCCUUCUGCCAUAUGAUAUUUGCUGAUUGUUUGAAAAUGGUGAAGCAACAAAGAUAGACAUGAAUUUGGCUAAAGAAAAUCCAUCAUGAAAGACAUUAUGACACAUGUAAAUGAAUGUUCUUGUUAACCACUCUUUCUCUCUCUUGAAGACAUUGUUGUAUACUUGUAGUGAUAGUAACUCACCUGAUCCCUGACAUCUCUUAUCCUUCAGCUGUCAAGUAGUGGCAAAGAUGUGUACUACCUCCACAUGCCUCACACAGAAUGUCCCUUCUUUGAACUUUCUCUGAGGGAAUGGCCAGGACACAGUAGUAUCAGUCUGUCCUUUUCUAGCCAUGCUAAAUAUCUCCGAAACUCUUCUUUAGAAGCCAACAUUCUUCAAGAAAUGAAAUUAUCAAAUGGCUAAGGAAAAUGAUUUUAUUUCAUAUCUUUGAGAAUUGAAUAGUGUGUGAAUAACUGCCUUGACUCAUAAGUUGCUUUUAUUAUUCCUAUUAUUGCUGCUGUUUGUUAAUCUGGAGCCCUAUCCUCUUCACUACAGGACAAGUAAUGAUGAUGGUGAUGGGGAUGGUUAUGAGCGGCAGGACAUUUCAAGCCCUCACAAUCAUAGGUACAUACAAGCUUGAAUGUGGCAAUAUGUUUCUCCCCAUUUUAUUUGCACUGUGGUCUCUGUGGUUCCAUUUACUCUAUAUCCAUCCAUUAUAGCAGUGGUUCUUAACCUGGGGGUGUGCACCCCUAUGGGGAGCUAUCAGCUAUUUCCAAGGGGAGCUUUAGCUCCAGGGAAAAAGCAGGAAUUUUUUUAUUUAUAGUUGUCAUUUUCUUAACAAGAGCAUGGUCAAGUAAUAAGUUCAUGAAAAGGCAAAAGUAUCUCCAUUUUCUUUAAAUCUGGAAGGGAAUUGUAUUCAUAGAUGCAAGGGAGGCAUGGAGGGAAGGACACAUUCCUAGAGGGGAUGUGGUAGCAAAAAGGUUAAGAACCACUGCAAUAUGAUUUUAAAUACACAUUAUUCAGGAAUACCUAAGGAAAAAUCUUAAUACCUAACAAGCUUUUAUAAUGGAAAGUUAAGGUAGAGUUUGGGAUGGGCAGUAUAGUGAUACAUGUAUUGGCAAUUAGUAUUGAUCAUUACUUUUGCAUAGGUAUUGGUAUUACUGUAGUUAUUCACAGUAUCAUUAUAUUGAAAUUGAUAAGGCAUUUUUCUCAAAGUAUAUUAAAAAAAAUGAUAUUUUAUAAAUAACUUAACUUCUAUUGGUCACUGUAUGUAUGUAUAUGAAAUUUGUUAUAUUGAUUUAAAUUAUAACUAAGUAUAAUUAUGAUAUUUGUAAAAGUCAUACAUAAAAUUUUUGUUAUUCAUUUAAACUAUCAAGUUACAUAUGAGGGAUAUUUUUUCCAGUCAAGUAUUGCUGAUGAUGUACCAGUAAUACAUAUACUAUUGAUAUCACUUUAACUCUACAAAUAAUGAAAUCGUCAGUAUCACUAGUUUCAGUUAUUGAUAUUUUGAUAUUGUCUUUAUUCUGUAUCUUUAAGCCUAUCAUUGGCUAUAGUAGUUGAUUCUUAUAAAGGGGUAUAUUACAUGCAUACUUCAGUCCACUUGCAUCUCUUAUACACGUGAAUUUAGGAAUGCUUCAUGCAAGGAAAGAGAUUGAAGUUCCUUUUUGUCCUGGUCAUUCCAUCAAGUGUAAAGAAUAAGGACCAACAAAUAUCUUUUAGAAAUUAACACUGGCUUCAAAUGUGCUUAUCACAUAAGUACAAUGGUCUUGUGAGUUUGGUGCUGAAACCAAAAUGUCUUCCUUUGAUUUUUGCAUCUCCUUUUAUAGUCACAUUCUUUUGGAAGCAGACCUCUUCCACACUAGACAUGAAAAAGUGUUAUAUUCAUUUGUACCAUUUCCAUCAUAAUGAUUCUCUAAGAUAUUACCAUCAUCUUGAGGUGACAUCCAGAUAGUGCAGGUCUCUGACCUGCAUUACCUGAUGGUGCCAAUAACUGUGUCACAGGCCCAGUCCACAUAGUUGAACUGUGCCUGGCAGAUGAUUCCUAAUUUACCAAGCAGAGCUUAUGUGUUGCCGUACACACGAUAACUGAAUGGUAGCAGUUAAACCACCUGCAGAUGGCCUCAUGUAGAGAUGUUGCUUGGCAAUCAGAAUGGGCACUGUUGGUUUACCUAAAUUACAGGCUUCAAGCGAGUGCCAAUAUGGGAGUGCUCGACAAGGCUUUUGACUCAUCAGUUUUUUCAGUCAUGCUUCGCACAGGGCAGGUGUGUCAGUCAGUCAGUCAGUCAGUCAAUUAUGACACAUCCCAAGUACAGUACAGGGAGUUCACAUUUCUAAUGUGCACUUUCCUCAUGCUCACAGUACUUGCAUUACCUCCAGGAAAAAUACAUAACUCACAAGACUUGUGUACAUAUUUCAGGUACUUAAAGCAUAUUUUUUGUGGUUGAUUUGAUGAUUUAUUUAUUCAUUCUCAUUUUACCAUUUGCAGGUUCCCCCUGCCCCCUUUUUUUUUUCCAAUGAUGAAAAACUAAAUUUCUGGUCCUUUUUGCUUGUGUCCGUUUUCAUUCCAGUAAUUACCUGAUCAUUACCUCACCCAGCAACCACUUAUGAUAAAAUGUUACUCAACUUCGUUUCACCUCAGCUGUAAUAACUGUAUGAUGAUAUUUGGAUGCUGCAGACAUAUAUUAUAACAAUGCUUUAUCGUGGCAUAUAGAAUCAUUUAUAUGGAGCUGAUAAUUUAGAAUAGCGUUGGAUGUGUUUGUAUUUUAUAAAAUUUUGUAUGAAAAUAUCUUAGCAAAGUUUGACGUUAGAAAUAGUUUUGUUAAACAGUAUUGGAUGGACAAAUAUUCUGUAAUUGUAUAAUUAAAAUGUUAUGUAUUACUUAAAAUGAAAACUCCUGGCAGUUUUUCAAGUGAUAGAACAUAUGUUGAUAUAGCUAUAAGUUUUUCCUUUUCUUUACUUUUUUUCAAACUUUUUUUUAAUGACGGACAUUCCCAAGUUCGAGUUAAUGUACUUUCUGAGAGUACAGUAAACCAUGAAGGAAGGUAUACAGGCUGUUUUGCCACUAACUGUACCUGUCAACUUAGAAUUUCCAGGCCUGUGUAUAUACAUAGUACAUACUAGUGUAUACAUCACCACAUGAGUCCACACAACUGACUUUGCUGCACAUUCUAAUUCAAACCUAUCAUAUCCAGCAUUUCUGUGCCUGAAUCUGAGUACUGGUUGAAUGCCACUAGAGCAGGGAGAGGGGUGUGUGUUGUGUAGGCAAGGCCGACUUCUCCACAGGGCUCUAUAACUCUAAUAUCUGGGUACCAAUGCCCAUGGGAACUUGGAAUAAUGUGAGGUGAAGUGGUGUAGGGGUACUCAUCUCAUUUUGUGUUGGUGUUGAAGGUAUGUACUAUUACGAUGGUUUAGGGAGAUGAGUAAUAAUGCUGGAAAGGUACAUUUUAUUACUCAGUCACUGUUACUGUUGUUUCCUUGCCAAGUCUUCCCAUGCUGUAAUGUUUAUAAGGAGGAUUAUAUUGUAAUUGUGUUCAAAGCCCAUACAAAAAAGGGGUAAAGGUAUGUGAAACUAACCUGAGCUUGAAUUAAUAUUUUCUUACUAUUAUGCUCAUCCUCCUAUCACAUUCCUCCAUCUGUUAUGUGUGUAAUAUAACAAAUAACAUUUCACCAAAUACUACUGGCAAGUGGAAGUGUAAAAGCUUACAUGUUCUUUGUUAUACCUCCAAGUGUAGAUAGGACAAGCAUCACAUACAUACCUACGCUGUUACUGCAGAUCAAAACAUGCAGUUUAAAAAAAUUUCUGAUACUACUUACACUUUUGAUACUUUACUAUAGUGAGCAAGUGAGUUGCAUAGAGGAAAUUUGCAUAAGAGUUAAGAUAAGAGUUCCUUUCCCUUGUUCCUGUGCAUGUUAGUGGUUAACUGAUGGACAAGUCCCACCUCAUCCUCCUCCUGACAUAACGUCAAGAUGGGGACUGUUUGGGGAGAAUGCAUGUGAUUAAAGGUUACUUACAAAAUAGAGGUAAUUUGUUCCAGGCUUCAUCUGUGUGAAGUAUAUGAAUGGUAAUCAUUGGUUAUUCAGUGAUAGAAUAUGGAACUGGAGGAGGAGGAUGAAGCUGAUGGUGAGGACAUAUAAUGAAUCUCAAAAUUAGUUCAUGAUGUAAGCAAGCACAAGGUGAGAUUUUUACCAGUGUAGGGGAACAGUGUUAACAGUGGAUGAUAAAGAGACAGAGGAGAGCAGAAACCUUUGUGGUCGUGAGGCUUACAUUGGACGUGGUGCUUGAGGAUAUGUUUGUACUGGUGUUUCCAGGGAUGAAUGACCGACCUUGUAUUUCUGUUAACAUUUGUAAAAUUUAGCUGCUGUACCUGUUUUCAUAAUGAAUAAUUUAUAAUCAUA